AUGGCGGUGGAGGAGUGGGUGAAGCAGAAGCAGUUCUACAACCACACCGACAACUCGUGCGUGGCGAACCACAAGUGCGGCGUGUACACGCAGGUGGUGUGGAGGAAGUCGAUGGAGCUCGAGUGCGCUCAAGUGACGUGCGUGAAAGCGAUUGCGAAACCUGCGACCACCUCUACCAGAUCUGUGAUUCUAAAACCUGCAAAUCAAAAAACCAAAUCUGUAAACAUUGUCGCGACCCCUGCAGAUUCACAAACCACCAUUGACAAUCGCUGUUGCGGACGAGAACACCUCCAUUGCGCGGCUGAGCCACCGUUGACACAAUGGCUUCGGUUCACAGUAGAAACGAGGUAG